AUGGUUCUUGUCACGUCAGCCUGCUUCACGAAGAGUGGGCCACGUCCGCAUUUCUCAUCUGGUCCCUCAUCCCCGCAACCAUCAUGGCUUGUCCUUCCGCUUCCCUUUACGCCAACAUUCGCUCCGCAACCCUCCUUCUCCAACCUCCUUCCGCUUCCUUCCCGCUUCCAGUCAACCUUCCCUUUCCCCUUCCCCGUGCUCUUCCCCGCUCCCUCGGUUCCCUCUCCGUCCUGCCCGCUGAGGGCUCUGCAAUCCAGACCUCCAAGCCGCGUCGCCAUGGCGGGGUCCGCAGUGCUUCAGUCUGCUACCAUUGACAGAGUAACCUUGAGGAGUUCGUUCAUUGGCGAGGCCCAAUCACUGCGUGCCACGUCAGCAGCAGCCUCCUCCCAGACCCUCAACCAGCAAGGCCUGCUAGCCGUCCGCAUUGUCUGCAAGGAGUCGCGAAUCGGCCGGAAACCCAUCCCCGUGCCGGCCGGCGUGACGUUCAAACUUGACGGCCAGUCGUUAGUGGUGAAGGGCCCUAAUGGCGAGCUGUCAAGGGAAUAUCCCCGGGAGGUGCGGCUGAGCGAGGAGGGUGGCGUCAUCACCGUCAACCGCGCGCUCGAGACGCGACAGGCUCGCGCCAUGCACGGACUCUUCCGCACGCUGACGGACAACAUGGUGCAGGGCGUGGCGAAGGGGUUCGAGAAGAAGCUGCAGCUGGUGGGAGUGGGGUACCGUGCGGCAGUCGACAAGACGGAGCUCGUUCUCAACCUGGGUCUCUCGCACCAGGUCCGCAUGAAGGUCCCAGAGGGUGUCGCAGUGAAGGUGGAGGAGAACACGCGCAUCACCAUCAGCGGGCGGGACAAGGUGGCGGUGGGUGACUUCUCAGCCUCGGUGCGCAAGUGGAGGGAGCCGGAGCCGUACAAGGGCAAGGGAAUCAAGUAUGCGGACGAGGUCAUUCGGCGCAAGGAGGGCAAGGUUGGCAAGAAGAAGUAG